AUGAAUCAUGGACAGAUGGAGUUGAUAUGCGAGACCUGCUCGGCACGAUUUCAGCGGGACGACCAUCUCCGGCGUCACCGGUUGAGCCACGCUGAACCGCGCUUCAAAUGCGCUGACCCUCAAUGUGGCAUGAGAUUUCACCGCCGCGAUGCAGCAAGGCGGCAUGAAAAAUCACAUCAACAAACUGCAGCCCCGAAGAGGAGGAGACCACGGCGCGGCAUUCUCCCCUGCCCGAGGAUCGCCACGAAGCCAAUCCACCCCGUGGGACCCAGCAGUUGCGACCAUGAUAACCAUGCAUUGUCGGCUCCAGACAAUGCGGCGGGUGGACCUCUUCAUGAAUCGCCAAAUCUGAUAUCGAGUUCUGAUACAGACCAGAAGAGUGCGAUGUUGAUGGACUGCUCUCAAUGUGCAGCCACGAAUAUGCUCUGCGACGAGUGCAUCUCAGGCCUUUUGCCUGCAACUGGUCUCGGUGAGCAGGACUGGAAUGCAUUCCGAUUCUGUAUGCAGCACUUUGUGCGCAUCCAUGCUCAGGGGUUUCCGUUCCUGCACUCCUCGUCGUGGCGGAUGGACUGGGAACAGUCCGGUAAGCUCCUGGCAAUGGCCGCUGUUGGCGGUCGCGAAAUCGCUCCUUACGCCGAGAUUUCAAAGGUAUACUUUGAGAUGGCUGUCAAUCGACUUGAAUACUUUAUGGUCUCCAUGGGAGACACGUCUUGCAUAACGGAACGAGAUGACAGCUUUCACAGAAGACUCCUUGUCUGCUUCGAAACUUGCAUUUUGUUGAUUGAGUACAGCGUGUGGUCCCGUCAUAGAGAGCUUCGACAGAGGGGGCUCAAGGAGUUUACACAUCAGGCUAUUGUAGCAGUUCCUGUUCUUGCAGAUGUAAUGAACAGCAUGCCCAAGCACACCAGAUGGCCUCUGUGGAUUCUUCUGGAGGAGAGUAAGCGUGCGUUGUGGUGCUUUUACUGCCUCGGCGUCAAAAGUGGACAUUUCUUAAACCAUCCAUUAUCAACUCCCGAGAUCGUGAAAAACAUGCAUCUUCCCUGUCCAGAUGCCGUAUUUGAAGCUCCCAAUUCACCAGCAUGGAGAGAGCGGAACGACUCAAACAAUCAUCAAUCAGGCGGGCCCGUGCUGUUCCGGGAGGCAUUGUAUCAGCUCAUGUCCGCAGAUCGCAUGCGUCAGCUAAUUGUUGAUGAGACCGCCAAAUACAGCAGCCAUAUCCUUAUCUGUGGUGUUUUGGACAAUUAUCAAACUAGUAUAACCAUACCAUGCAACUUUGCUACUUUGGACGCGUAUAUGGAACUAGAUAUGUCUCGCUUCCGGCUUCGCGAUGAUCUGAUGCGUGCCUUGCGCUACUGGAAGGCAUUGUUUUGGCAUGAUCCACACGAACUUUGGCACUCUAAACAUCCAGAUCACAAAUUGAAUGAUAUUAUGCUCUGGAUGUAUAUCGAAGUACAGGCCUGGCGGUGCCCGGAGUCUCAUCCGCUCAGCCCAUUACACCGCCGUGUGGCAGCUGAACUUGCUCUCGAUAUAUUCUCCAGUAUCUCCCUCACUGGGUUUUUGGAGGUUGGAGCCAAGUCGCCUCUCUAUGUUGAGCGCGCCGUCUACUUCUCCUCCCGCUGCCUUGCCUCGGCAAUGCUAACCUGGCUAGAUGGGCUCAAGCCUCCUGGUAAUACUGGUAGAACCAUGCCCCGUGAAGAUGGAGCGCUCUAUGAAAAGCUUCUCGACUGUUUGCAGGGUAUACCGGAGGUUUCUAGUCUUUGUCAGGUGGAUGGCACAUCCCUACCUUCUAACCGGCUCAGAGAAGCAACGGUCAGAGUAUGGGCAAUUGUUACCAGUGAUGCGAGAUGGAUGGAUGGAGGUGGUGAACAUUAG